UGAAAGAUACUCGUAACAGUUAAUCGCAGGUAAGGCAUGUUUGCGUUGAAAGUGCAAGGGGCCAUCAUCGCCCAACGAGUCGCAGUUUCUCGUUGUCUGACAUCCAUACGGCAAUGUUGGUCAACAGCCUGCCCUCCUCCCAUAGAAUCAGCACCGGCACCUAUCGACGGCUGUGAUUACAAUCACUGGCUUGUGGUCAUGGAUCCUCCCACUGGUUACCCGACCCGACUUCAAAUUGUUCAACGUUAUAUUCAAACCCUUGCUUCCGCUUUCGGCGGCAGUGAAGAAGAAGCGAAGAAAUCAAUGUAUUCGGUUUCUACAAAGUAUUACUACGCUUUUGGUUGCAAUCUCCAUCAAAAUGUGAUUCACACUAUCAAAUCUAUGCCGAAUGUCAAAUGGGUUUUACCAGAUUCUCAUAUCCGUCUUGGCAAAAAUGAUUAUGGAGGGGAACCAUUUAUUGACGGAUGUCUUGCUCCCUAUGAUGAUAUGUUCCAUGAGGACUGGCUUCAAGAUCGAAGUAACAAUGGGUUCAGGAAGAGAACUCAAACAAGGAGAUCUAGAAGGAAAGAACACAAAAAUGAACUGUGACUGAUCUUUCCCUCACUGACCAUUCAAUAAAACUAGCUACAGUGCUUCAAAAGUGUUGACGCCAAGUACACGGAUAGCAAUUGAAAACAGUAUCUGCCAUGAGCUGGAUAAGAACGGGACUGCCCCAGGAAUGGACCAAUGGGUAGUAGCAAAUCGUAACUGCUUUUGUCUUUAACAUAACAAGUUAACAAAGCUGUUGGGUGGUGUGUGGCUCCCUAAUAAUACUAGCUAAGAGUUGUAUUCUCGAUACCACUGUUUCUGUAUCCAAUGGAUGAACUAACUAAAGUGUUUCAUUGUGAAGUUGUCGUUCUCAUGUUCCAAGGUACGUGCAGCUGCUUUCUGGAAUGUUGGCGUGAAGUUACUGAAAUUUUACCACUUGUAUUGUCAGAAUAUUUUAUACUUAUAUGAUGAUUUACGAAAUCUAUAUGGAAA